AAAAAUCUCACGUUAACCUUGCGCAAAUCCUAAUUAAACACUUGUGAAAUUAUAUGUUCCUAUUCUUCAAGGUCCUUCUUCAAUUUUCGAUUCCCGCUUUAAAAUUUAACAUCGAAUCUGAAAAUUUAAAAUUUCGGUUGUUUGAAACAGAGGUGGAUGCAUAGAUGACAGAUCUGAUGGUUAUUAUUAUAUUUUUUAAUUUGUAGAAGAUGAGAUGAUGAUGAGGAGCUUGUUAUCAUUGGCGACAAUUUCUUCAAAGCUUUCUUUGCGAUGGCUUUGUUUAAAUACAAUGGAGAAUGGUUACAAGAGAGACGAGGCGGCUUAAUCGGUGCGAUUUUGAACUCGGUGGUGGCUCGAAACGAGCAGGGUUCUCGCGUAGCUCGUCGAGGAAGGAGGUUUCCUCGUAAUUUGCUUAAACCUAGAUUCUUCCGUUGGCUACUGCUUCUUCUCGCUGUACUCUUCUUCUGCGUUUUUGCUACAUUUGUCCUUAAAUUACUCUCCAACGGUAAUGAGGAAGAAAAACAUCUUCCCUUAUCAGGAGAAGUACUUGAACAAGUUUCCAGCUACGAUGCCCCCCUGACGCGGCCCAAAAGCAAGCGUCGUAAGCAGCAUUUUCCAUGCGAAGUUGGGCUUGCAGCAGCAGUUGAUAAUAUUUUAGAGCCCAAGAAUUAUAUGAAUUUCACACAGUUUUCACUAGAGUAUGUAGAGAGGGAGGUGACUCCACAUGCCAACUCACCUCAGAGUAGAUUUGGAGGGUAUCAAACUCUUAAUGAAAGAAAGAAAUCAUUCUUAGCAAGGAAUCAAACUAUUCACUGUGGUUUUGUGAAAGGGAUGUCAAGAUUAUCAAGCCCUGGAUUUGAAUUGAGUGAAAAUGAUAAGGCAUACAUGAAUACUUGUCGAGUUGCAGUAUCUUCUUGCAUUUUUGGAAGCUCUGACUUUCUGAGAAGACCAACUAGCAGAUUGAUUAGUGAAUUUUCCAAGAAAAAUGUGUGUUUUGUUAUGUUCGUGGAUGAGCAAACGCUGUCAAAACUGUCUUCAGAAGGACAUACUCCUGAUGAGAAAGGACAUGUUGGUCUGUGGAAAAUUGUUGUUGUGAGGAACUUACCGUACUUGGACAUGCGGAAAACUGGAAAGGUGCCAAAGUUUUUAUCACAUCGUCUUUUCCCUUCCUCUAGGUAUUCAAUAUGGCUUGACAGUAAGAUGCGACUUAAUACUGACCCAAUGCUUAUCAUUGAAUUCUUUUUGUGGCGAAUGAGAGCAGAGUAUGCCAUUUCAAACCAUUAUGAUCGCCACUGCGUUUGGGAAGAGGUACUACAAAAUAAGCGUCUUAAUAAGUACAACCAUACAGCCAUUGAUGAGCAGUUUAUGUUUUACCAAUCUGACGGCCUCAGAAAGUUUAACCCUUCAGACCCAAAUACUCCUCUUCCAAGUUAUGUACCUGAAGGUUCCUUUAUCAUCCGAGCUCAUACACCAAUGUCAAACUUAUUUUCGUGCUUGUGGUUCAAUGAAGUUGAUCGAUUUACCUCACGUGACCAACUAAGCUUUGCAUAUACUUAUUUGAAGUUGACGAGAAUGAAUCCAGAUAAACCAUUCCAUCUAAAUAUGUUUAAGGACUGUGAGCGCAGAGCACUAGCAAAAUUAUUCAGGCAUCGGUUGUUGUCAUCUCCUCCACCUCCGUGACCAGUCAGAUUAUGCUAGUUUUCUGGGAGCAUAAAUGCAGUCUUUGCAUUGAUAUCCACAGCGAAAGUCAAACACAGGGUUCUCUAUGAAGUAAAACCACGAUUUUUUUUUCUUCCGGGAAUCUUUUUUUCAUGGAUUUUUCAAGCUUGACAGGAAUUAGAAGCAAAUCAGUUUCUUGGGAUAUCUACAAGUGCUUAAAUUACAGUUGGCAGAGCAGAGUUCUGCUGAAGAAAUGGAGCUCUUCUGGCCUUAAAAAACUAUUCAAUUCCUACAUGCCAGGUGGAAUGAGGCUUAAGUUUAUAGAAGGUAGUCAUAACCAUGGGUUGUCUGAAUGAUUUGGAGAUGGAAGCAGACAGUGUCACUUUGCAGGAAAUAAUACAUCGGGGUUAUCUGCCAUUUUGUCUUCUUUUUCUGUAGUUCCAACCCAACUUCCUACCAAAGCUUUUCUCAUAACACACUUUGUAAUAUCCCCUAAUGUUAUUUCAAUUUCAUAUAUUAUAUUGAAAAGUAUGGCUUCUGUUGAUA